UGAACUAGUCUUAUCCUUUCGUCCAUCUCCGUUUAUUAUAAUAUAAAAUUUUAGACAUAAUCAUGGGUCAGUACUGGUCAAAGUCGAUCAACUUGGUUUCAGGUUUCUCUAUAUAAAAAUAUGGCCGCACCAAGUCAGGUGAGUGUUAGAACCACACUCUCCAACCAAACUCUACACUAUCUUCUUCAAUCUUUCAACCAACAACAGUUAUGACAAACCAUCUUCAAGAGCCCUCGGUUUUAACCAAAGAAGAACAAGAACUGGACGAGAAAACGGUGAGCUUGCAAGCCGAGAGUAUCGUCAACACUGUGGCUUUCCCCAUGGUUCUCAAAGCUGCCUUGGAGCUUGGUGUCAUUGACACGAUCGCUGCUGCAAGAAAAGGCACAUGGCUCUCACCGUCAGAGAUAGCAGCUAGUCUCCCAACCAAACCCACUAACCCGGAGGCGCCCACGUUGCUGGACCGGAUGCUGCGCUUACUCGCCAGCCACUCGAUUUUGAAGUGCGGUAUGGUUGAAAACAAAGAAAAUGGUCAAGCCGGAAAGUUCGAGAGGGUAUAUGCAGCCGAACCAAUUUGCAAGUUUUUCUUGAAAGAUAGUGACGGCUCUGGUUCUCUCUCGUCUUUGUUCUUUUUGCUCCAUAGCCAAGUCAUUUUCAAGACUUGGACAAAUCUCAAGGAUGUGAUCCUAGAAGGAAAAGAUGCAUUCAGCUCUGCCCACGGCAUGAAAAUUUUCGAAUAUAUUAAUUUGGAUGGACAGUUCGCUGAGCUAUUCAGCCGGGCAAUGGCGGAAUCGUCCACAAUAGUCAUAAAUAAAGUUCUACAAGUAUACAGAGGAUUUGAAGAUGUUAACACUUUAGUGGAUGUAGGAGGAGGAGUUGGCACCAUACUAGGUAUAAUCACUUCCACGUAUCCUCAUAUCAAGGGUGUUAAUUUCGACUUAGCUCAGGUUUUAACUCACGCUCCUUUUUAUCCAGGAGUCGAGCAUGUCUCCGGAGACAUGUUUAUAGAAGUUCCAAGGGGAGAUGCCAUCUUUAUGAAAUGGAUACUACAUGAUUGGCCGGACGAGCGUUGCAUAAAAAUUCUGAAAAAUUGUUGGAAGAGUCUACCAGAAAAAGGGAAAGUGAUCAUCCUAGAGAUGAUCACACCAAUGGAACCAAAGCGUAAUGAUUUUUCAUCUAACACUGUAUUCGGCAUGGACUUGCUGAUGCUAACACAAUGCUCGGGUGGUAAAGAGAGAUCUCUUUCGCAGUUCGAGACUUUGGCGCUUGCCUCAGGUUUUGUUCGAUGUGAAAUCACAUGUGAUCUUGCUUAUUCAUACUCUGUUAUCGAAUUCCACAAAUAAGAUUUUGGCAUUUACGAUAACAAUACAAUGAUUUGGUUUGGUGCAUGCUUGGUAAAUUAAGGGAUGUGUUAUCUAUAUUUGUGCAAUAAUAAUAGUAUGAAAGUGUGGUGUGUUCAUGUGAUUACGGAGUGCAUGUGAUAACUGAUAAGUAAUAAAGUAUGAAACAAUGGUGUGUUCUGUUUAUUGAAGUUUGCAAUUGAAACAUUGCGUCUAACGCUUUCUUCUUC